GAGCCUGUGGGCGGCGCGUGAACGCAGCGUCUCUCCUCUCGCGCGCUGUGGUCUUACAGUGAAUGAAGCUUUAGCGUGGGAAAGACGAACAGGGUACGCGAAGCACUGACAUGGAUCCGCUGUAACGCCACUGCGAUAGCUGCCACUGCGUUCUCAACAGACCAGCGUUCCCUCCACGUUCAGCUCGAGCGCGUUUAAAGCCUGAAGACGAUGCGUCUGGUCACAGCCAAAUCACAUCUGUUCAUCGCGCAGCUGUGGCUCAUCUGUCACGCAGAUCUGGCCGCGUCGUACCUCAGAGGUCAGCGCAGACUCGCCGAGGACGUCGACUGGUCUUACACAGGGGCUCUUAACCAGAAGCACUGGGCGAAGAAAUAUCCGGUGUGUGGCAAUGCCAGACAGUCUCCCAUCGACAUCAGUGAGGAGUUCACUCAGGUCAGGGUUCAGUACCAGAACCUGCAGCUGGAGAACUGGGACCAACCCACCUCUGAAUCCAGCACCAUCACCAACGACGGCAAAACAGUGGUAAUCAGUCCGAGCGGUCAGUACUUCAUAAGCGGAGGUGGGCUCAGAGCCAGGUUUAAAGUGGGCAGGAUCACGUUCCAUUGGGGCCGGUGUAACGCCACUUCAGACGGAUCUGAACACAGUCUCAAUGGAAACAGGUUCCCCCUGGAGAUGCAGAUCUUUUGUUUCGAUGACGAGGAGUUUGAAUCCAUGGACGAGGCAAUAAGUAGCGGAGGAAAGCUUACUGCUGUAGCUGUCCUUUUCGAGGCCAGCAUUGAAGACAACCAGGACUAUGCAGCCAUCAUUGAAGGGGUAAACAGUGUGAGCCGAUUUGGUAAAAGCAGCCCUCUGGAAGCGUUUUCUCUGCUGGCUCUUCUUCCUCAGUCCACCGAAAAAUACUUCACGUACAACGGCUCGCUCACCGCGCCGCCCUGCUCCGAGAACGUGGAGUGGAUCGUGUUUAAAAACGCCGUGGCCAUCUCAGAAACCCAGUUGGAGGUGUUCUGUGAGGUGAUGACCAUACAACAGGCUGGAUACGUCAUGCUGACCGACUACCUGCAGAACAACUACAGAGAACAACAGCAGCAGUUCAUGGGACAAGUGUUCUCGUCCUACACCGGCACAGAGGAAGUUCCUGCUCCCAUGUGCAGCUCUGAGCCUCAGAACGUGCAGGCGGACUCUCAGAACUACACGGGUAUGGUGGUGACGUGGGAAAGGCCGCGGGCCGUCUACGACACCACCAUAGAGCGCUACUCCGUCACCUACCAGAGACUGCAGGGCAGAGAGCCGCCGAAGCAGCAGUACCUCACCGACGGGGACCAGGACGUGGGGGCCAUUAUCCAUCAUCUGCUGGCCAACAGCAGCUAUGUCGUCCAGGUGGUGGCGCUCUGCACCAAUGGCUUGACGGGAAAAAUGAGCGACCAGGUUAUUGUGGACAUGCCUCUCGAAGACCCUGUAAAUGAGCCCGACCUCUUUGGUGAUUUAAUAGAAUCAGAGGAAUAUAAUGAGGAAACAUCUCCACCUGCUUCCAAACCUCCGCCCGGCCGAAACCUCAUCCUUGAUUCUGGGAGCUCCAUCUCCAUCACCACGGCGACGGACCAACCGGGCUUCCUCUUCCCCGUCAUCAGAACCACCCCCGUCACAGUCCGCCGGAAGAUGACAGAGGAGUCUUCGCUAUCGUGGUCACCGGAGCAAAACAAGAGCAGGAACCAGACCAGACGGCCACCGAGCAGACUCCUUCCCGACGACAGCGGCCCGCUUCCUCACGGCAACAUACUGGUCACGGACGUCUACUAUGAAGACAGCACCACGAAAAGCGCUCCGGCUCAAGAUCAGGACCAAAAAACCUCAACCGCGACUCCCCAAAUAUCAAGCAGCACCACUAAAUCUGAAUCGAACACAACCGCAGCGGCUAACGCUAGCACCGCUAGCUCUGGAUCUGCCUUAUCAGCAUCUAUGAAGAUCAUUUCUCAGACCACUCAGCCUCUGUUUAAUGAGGCGAGCAACAGCAGUCCGGAGUCCCGUGUGGGGAUGGUAGGAGGCACAGAGAAGGAGAAGAGGACGGUUGUUCCUCUGGCUGUGGUUUCCACUCUCACUGUCCUGUGUCUGCUGGUGCUGGUGGGCAUCCUCAUCUACUGGAGAAGGUGUUUUCAAACGGCACAGUUUUAUGUAGAAGACAACAUUUCAGGCCGAGCCAUAUCAGCCCCGUCAACACCUCUUCUUCUGCCUACAGCAGAGGACAACGAAGCUCUCCCCGUAAAGGAAUUUGUAAAACACGUUGCUGAUCUUCACACAAAUCACACGUUCUCCAAAGAAUUUGAGAUCUUGAAAGAGUCUUACGAGGAGAUCCAGGGCUGUACGUUGGACAUCGGCAUCACCACAGACAGCUCCAACCAUCCAGAUAAUAAGAGCAAGAACAGAUACAUUAACAUCCUGGCCUAUGAUCACAGCCGAGUUAAACUCUCGCAAAACUCUGACAAAGAUGGAAAAACGGGGGACUACAUUAAUGCCAACUAUGUUGAUGGCUACAAUCAGCCGAAAGCAUAUAUAGCCGCCCAGGGUCCACUGAAGGGCAGUCUGGAAGACUUCUGGAGGAUGAUAUGGGAGCAGAACGUGGGUGUGAUUGUCAUGAUCACUAACCUGGUGGAGAAGGGCCGGAGAAAAUGUGAUCAGUAUUGGCCCUUGGAAAAUCAGGAGGACUAUGGAUGCUUCCUAGUCACGCUGAAGAGCACCAGAACUCUAGCCUACUUCACACAGAGGACGUUCACUUUGAGGAACGUUAACGUCAAGAAGGGCUCACAGAAGGGCCGCAGUCAAGAGAGGACGGUGCUUCACUUUCAUUACACUCAGUGGCCCGACAUGGGCGUCCCAGAAUACACUCUGCCCCUGCUGUCGUUUGUGCGGGCGUCCUCACAGGCCAGGACGAAUGAUAUGGGGCCUGUGGUGGUGCACUGCAGUGCCGGUGUGGGCAGAACAGGAACCUACAUAGUGAUCGACAGCAUGCUGAAGCAGAUAAAGGAGGAGAGUACAGUGAACAUCAUGGGGUUCCUCAAACACAUCCGGACCCAGAGGAACUAUCUGGUGCAGACUGAGGAGCAGUACGUCUUCAUCCAUGACGCUCUAGUGGAGGCCAUCAGGAGCAAAGAGACUCUGGUCUCAUCCAGUCACAUUCACACAUACGUGUCUGAUCUUCUCACGCCGGGACCUUCAGGAAAGACCCGUCUGGAAAAACAGUUUAAGCUGGUCGGUCAGAGCUUUGCAAAGCAGAGCGACUACACAGUGGCUUUGAAGGAGUGCAAUGCAUCUAAAAACAGGACGUCUUGUCUUAUGCCUGUGGAGAGGUCAAGGGUCAGCCUGUCUACCGGACCUGGGGAAUCAUCAGACUACAUCAAUGCCUCUUAUUUAAUGGGGUACCAUCAGAGCCGUGAGUUUAUCGUUACCCAGAAUCCUCUGCCAAACACCACACAGGACUUCUGGAGGAUGAUCUGGGAUCACAACGCACAGAUCAUAGUUGCUCUGCCAGAUACACAGAGUGCGAGCAGAGAGGGAGAGUGUGUGUACUGGCCCGCUAAAGAUCAGCCAAUCAGCUGCGAGACCUUCACUGUGACCUUCAGAGGCGAGGACAAACUGUGCCUGUCCAAUGAGGAGUCACUCGUGGUGCACGACUUCAUUUUGGAGGCCCUGAAGGACGACUAUGUGCUGGAGGUCCGGCAGUACCUGAGCCCUCGCUGGCCGAACCCCGACAGUCCUAUCAGCAACUCCUUUGAGCUCGUCAACACGAUCCGAGAAGAGAGCUCGCGCCGAGAGGGGCCCGUCAUCAUCCACGACGGGUCUGGAGGGACGAGUGCCGCUCUGCUCUGUUCACUGAGCGCCCUGGUUAACCAGCUGGACGAGGAGAACGCCGUGGACGUCUACCAGACCGCCAGAAUGAUCAACCUCAUGAGACCCGGCGUCUUUAAUGACGUUGAUCAGUAUCAGUUCCUCUACAAAGCGAUCCUGAGCUUGGUGAGCACCAAGGAGGAUGAGAAGGCUCUUCAUUACUCGGAAAACAACGGCACGGUUCCCGCCAACCCUUCAGAAAGCCUGGAGUCUCUGAUGUAGCCACACAGAGCACCGUCACCCUUCACCCAAGGAAAUGUACAUUGAAUCAAGAGAAAGUCAUUUUUAGCUGCACGGACUACGUGGGUUACAGGACAUACCGUCAUUUGGUCUUUUAUUGUGCCUUUUUGUUACCUUUGUACUUUAAAACGCUUUGAUAUAAUAUUAUUGUUGUAACUAAUGCCAAAAUUUCUACUCUUUGGAAAAGCAGCGACCGCUGUGUUGCUGGUGAUGUUUUAGGUUUAGUCAGACGUAACUGUUGAAGAAAUAUUUAUAAGUAGCAGGGCAGAUGAUUUCAUACGGUAUCUAUUUUGGGGGUAAUAAAAAAAUCUUAGAUAUAAAGCGUUCUUGAAUGUAGCCUCAUAGUAAAGAGAGAGGUGUGCUUCUAAUAUAUAAAACCACCGGCCACACCAACAGACCAAAACAGUUUAUAUGACUAGCAUCUUUUUUUUUUACUAUGUUUGUUAUUGUAGCAAUUCAGUGUUUUGUUGUAGAAAUUCCACGAUUUUUUUUAAUUGUAGAAUUUAUUUUUUUUUAAAUUAACUUAGUUGUCAUGUUGUAACAGACAUUUACGUACAACUCUUAAUUUGUAAUAAUCCUACUGCAUCCUUCUAGAUUUAGAUCAUCUCUGCGCCGUUUCGUAACCACCAUUCAGUUAUUUAUCUCCAAUAUUUAUCGACUUUUAUUUAAAUUGUCUAAUCGUUUAGGCCUUUUGUCAAGCAUUAACACAGGAUGUACUUGGAUACAAGAAAGAAAGCACAAUAAAAAUGAACGGAAAGGAAUUUACAUGCACAUCA